AUGCCUUCUUUCUACAUGUCGGCGGCCCGUCGGAGGGCGGAGAGGCGGAGGAACGCUCUCCCCACCGACGACUUCCUCUGGGACAUGGCCAACCACUUGAAACGAUCGAGAGAGCUGGCGCCAGCCAGCUCGCCAGGACGGUCGCCAGCACAGUCACGAGGAGGGUCGUCAGCUGGGUCGCCAGGACGGACGCCACAACGGUCGGAGCGACCGUCGCCGCCGGCUCAGUCUUCUGGGCGUUUGUCAGGACGUUCACCUAUCCGGUCUCAAGGACGUUCGCCAGCACGCCAAUCAGUAGGGUCGCCUAGACGCUCGCCACGACGUUCGCCAGAACGGUUGCAGUCACGGUCACGAUCGCCAGAACGGUCGCCUGCACAAUCACAAUCACCACCACCACCACAAGCGCACUCACAAGAGCGGGCGAGCGAGCGCAAAGAGCGCAAAGCCCUGAUGGACAGACUGUGGGACCGGGCCGACGCGCUGCGCGAGAUCGACGAGGAGCGGGAAGAGCGCAAGACCGAAGCCCACGCCGCCAUCGAGCGGUCGAGACGGAGGAUCGUCGACGGCCCCACGGACGAGGAGCGGCGGGCCGCCACGGAGGCACAUCUGGCCAGGUACACCGAGGAGGAGAGGACCGGACACAAGUGCGGUCCGUCCUGCGAGGAACACCCCUUUGGGGGCUGGGACUUUGGGAUUCCCGGCUCGGAUGGCGAGAGGGAAGUCAAUCCUUUGGAUUUGUUGGAUUGA